AUGGCUCCCCACGCUAAUUCGGAUGUUGCUGCCAAUGGCGCCGUGAACGGGUCGGCUGAAUCCUCGCCUUUGUUUACCGUCAAUUCCCCCAACGUCGAGUACACCGACAAUGAGAUCAAGAGCAAGUAUGCCUACCAUACCACCGACAUUACUCGUACCGCCGACAACAAGUUGGUUGCUACUCCCAAGGCAACCACCUACCACUUUAAGGUCGACCGCAAAGUGGGCAAAGUUGGUAUGAUGAUGGUCGGUUGGGGUGGUAACAACGGUUCCACUGUGACGGCCGGUAUGAUUGCCAACCGCCGCGGCCUCCAGUGGGAGACCCGUGAGGGCAUGCGUGCUGCCAACUACUAUGGAUCUGUUGUCAUGAGCUCGACCGUCAAGCUGGGAACUGACCCCAAGACCGGUGAGGAAAUUAACAUUCCCUUCCAUGACAUGCUGCCAAUGGUCCACCCCAAUGAUCUCGCCAUUGGUGGAUGGGACAUCAGCAGCAUGAACAUCGCCGAUGCCAUGGACCGGGCCCAGGUCCUCGAGCCCUCUCUGAAGCAGUUGGUCCGCAAGGAGAUGGCCGAGAUGAAGCCGUUGCCCAGCAUCUACUACCCCGACUUCAUUGCUGCCAACCAGGAGGACCGUGCCGACAACGUCCUCGAGGGAACCAAGGCUUGCUGGGCUCACGUGGAGAAGAUUCAGCAAGACAUCCGGGACUUCAAGGCUCAGCACGGGCUGGACAAGGUGAUUGUCAUGUGGACUGCCAAUACAGAGCGGUACGCCGACAUCGUGCCCGGUGUCAAUGACACCGCCGACAACCUCCUCAACUCGAUCAAGACUGGCCACGAGGAAGUUGCCCCGUCCACCGUCUUCGCGGUCGCCUGUAUCUUGGAGAACACUCCUUUCAUCAACGGUUCUCCCCAGAACACCUUUGUCCCCGGUGCCCUUGAGCUGGCCGAGAAGCACAAGGCCUUCAUCGGCGGAGACGACUUCAAGUCGGGCCAGACCAAGAUGAAGUCGGCUCUCGUAGACUUCCUCAUCAACGCCGGUAUCAAGCUUACCUCCAUCGCCAGCUACAACCACCUGGGCAACAACGACGGCAAGAACCUGAGCUCCCAGAAGCAGUUCCGCUCCAAGGAGAUCUCCAAGUCCAACGUGGUCGAUGACAUGGUUGCUGCCAACCACAUCCUUUACGAGAAGGAUGAGCAUCCGGACCACACUGUGGUGAUCAAGUACAUGCCGGCCGUGGGUGACAACAAGCGUGCUCUGGAUGAGUACUACGCUGAGAUCUUCAUGGGCGGUCACCAGACCAUCAGCUUGUUCAACAUCUGUGAGGACUCCUUGCUGGCUUCUCCCCUCAUCAUCGACUUGGUUGUGCUUGCCGAGAUGAUGACCCGCGUCAGCUGGAAGCCCGAUGAGGCAGCCGACUACAAGGGCUUCCACAGCGUGCUCAGUGUGCUGAGCUACAUGCUCAAGGCUCCUCUGACACCCCCGGGAACUCCCGUCGUCAACUCUCUCAACAAGCAGCGCAAUGCCCUGACCAACAUCUUCCGCGCCUGCGUUGGCCUCCAGCCCGAAUCGGACAUGACCUUGGAGCACAAGCUGUUCUAG